AUGGGCGGAGGAUCGAGGGGCACGGCGGGGGGGAGCAGCUUCUCCUCUCGAGACUCGCCACGGGGCAAUAGUAACAGCAGCGCCAACGGCGGCGGUAGCACGCCGCGCGGGAGCGGGAACAGUGGUAUGGGGGCGUGGGGGUCGGGGAGGCUGGAGCGCAGCGCGCCGGCCUUCUCCGCGUCGAAGCAACAACACGGCGGCGGCGGCGGCGGCGGCGGCGGCGGCGGCAGCAGCGUUCCGCAGCAGCAGCACUCGGCCGGAGCAGUGGGCAGUGACAGCUACAAGAUGGCGUGCCGGGACCGAUGGAUGAACGUGACGAAGACCAUGAUGGGCGAGAGGGCGGAGAUAACGACCACCAGCGGCUGCGUGUACGAGGGGGUGUUUCACGUGCUCACGCCGGGGGACGACCCCCGGCCAGGCGCCAAGCGCGGCAUGUACCGGGUGAUCAUGCGCGCGGCCAAGGUACAGGGUGCCACCGACCAAUCAAACGGCGGGCAGUCGAAGAUCGACAGCCGAGGGGGAACGCUGAUGCUGUCCGGCGACGACAUUGUGUCGAUCGCUGUUAAGCGAUUCCCCAUGCAGCGCUCGGCGCAGAGGCCGAAGGGGCUGGGGACGGACUCGGACAUCGGGGGCAGGGCGGGCGGGGGGGGUCAGCUGGGGGUGGAGAGGAGGCUUCAAGCGGUGGACACCUCGUGGGUAGAAAGCUCCAGCAACAUGUCCAUCCCACAGUCUGGAGGAGGCGGUGCCGGGAAAUGGGACCAGUUCGCCGCAAACGAAAAGCUUUUCAACGUGACGAGCACGUUCGACGAAAACCUGUACACCACGCCGCUUGACACCGGGUCGCUGUCGAGGGCGCAGAUGGCGCACGCCGAGCGGAUGGCCGCCGAGAUAGAGGGGAAGACCAGCAGCAAUAUUCACAUGCGAGAAGAGCGCAACAUGCUGACGGAGCAAGACAAGGCCAUGGGCGAGGAGGAGCGGUUCAGCGGCGUCCUCGGCACCGGGGGCAUGGCGUCCCACCAACGCCGAUCCGCCGGAAACAACAGCAGCACCAACAACGGUGGCCACCACCGCCACAUCCACGGGCAGCACCACAGCCACGGCGGGGUUGGCCGAGAUCCCGGGCCUUCCGCCCCCCGCUACACCCCCGCUCGCAUGCGGGUCUCCCCCCAGUCCGGCCCUGGGGGCCCCGGCGGUGGACCUCCCGGCGGGGGGGGUGGUGGGGGUGGGGGCCCCGGCGGUGGCGGGGGUGGGGGGAACAAGAACCCGGCCGGUCCUGGGGUGUACGUACCGCCGGCGCUUCGCGCGGCUGGUGGCGGCGGGGGAGCGGGAGCCGGGUCUCCGACCCCGGCGCAGGUGAUGGAGCGGGGUUCGCCGGCGGCAGGGGGGGCGCCGCCGAAGGCCGGCACGCCACGCUCGGCGGCGGCGGCGGCGGCGGUUGCCGCGACGGCCGGGGCGGAGGAGGCGAAGGAGGCCGCCAAAGCGCAGCUGAUGGAUGUUCUGGAUGGGAAGCUCAGGUCGACGCCUUCGCCCAAGGGCGAAAACGGUCCGAGUGCGGCCGCUCCGGCGACGGCAGCGGCCACCGCUACCGCCGCCACCACUCCGACCGCUGCUGCGGGGCGACCGCCUGCCGCUGCCAGACCCAGGACUACCCCCGUGCCCCCCUCUCCGAAGGCGGCGCCGGUGGCGGCGGCAGCCGCGACGCCGCAGCCCUCGCCAGUAGCAACACGAGCGGCGGGCAGCGGCAGCGGCAGCGGCAGCGGCAGCGGCAGCGGCAGCGGCAGCGGUUCUCCUCGUGCCGCGACGACGACUGGCAGCAGCGGCGGCGGCAGCAGCGUGUCUGUCUUGAGGGUUUCCAGUAACGCGCCGGCGUUCGUCCCCGCGUCGGCCAAGGCGGCCAUGGCGGCGGCGAAGCCGCCGCUGCCUUCUCCGUCCUCCUCCGCCGGGGGCAGUGCCGGCGGCGGCGGCGGCGGGAGCGCCGCGGCGGAAGCGGCGGCGAAGAAGAAAUCGGCCUUGCGAGCCAGCGCGAAGGAGUGGAAGCCGAACCCAACGGCCAAGGAGUGGAAGCCUCCGGGGGGAGCGCCGGCGCCGGCCGUUCCCGCGGCUGCUGCCUCCGCGUGAUGACGCCUACUGCGGUUAGCAUCGCGAGCCCGUCGCCCCGAGGGGCCGGGGGGGGAGGGUUCGGGACCGGGGGCAGGGGCACCAUGUCCGGUGGAUCGAUGGGCUACGGAGGCGGUGGCCACAACGCCGAUGAGCACGGCCACAUGCAUCAGCAGCUGCACCACCCCAGCCACCACCAGCAGCCUCAUCAUCAUCAUCAGCAGCUACAACACCCCCAGUUCAACCACCCUCAGCACGUGCCCCAUCAGCACCAACAGCCGCUCCACCAGCACUCUCAACAAUUCCAGCAUGGAGGCGGGGCUAGUGGUGGGGGCGGCGGUGGUGGUAGUCAUGCGCACCCCCAUCAACAACCGCACGCGCACCCUCAACACCACCAGCCGCAGCAGCAGCAGCACCAGC